AUGUCAGAACCCUUCGCUCUGGACGAGGAGCUCAACAACCUCCAGACAGACUCGAUCCACAUCCCAAACGAAAUUCCCAUCGAAGGAGAGAACCCAAAAACACUCGACCAAAUCCUCAAUGGCAUCGUUGACACUCUCCAAGACUCAUCAUACAGCAUCACUGAUGGCACCACAUUCGACCAAAUCAGAAGUUUCAUCAAGCACUUUAACACGCUAAAAAAGAGCACAGCGACCAAAGUCUGGGAUAUUGUCCUCUCAGGAUUCAACUCGGAGAUUGUUGCAACGGCGCACGAUCUCGAAGCAAAUGACCAAGAUGAAUAUAUGGAGCAUAGGUUUCCACUGGAGACAUACGGAUUCCUGAUUAUGUGGAUUAUCAGUUUGACGGAACAAAAGGCAACAUCCCGAGCAGUACAGUCAGAAAAGGCAGCAGGAAAGGCCACUCGCGUCAAGGGAUCACGGACAAAGGGCGGCGCAGAUGUAGAAGAAGGAGUGACAGCAUGGAUUCCAGAGAAGCAGAGAGCAAUGGUCUUGAUGGCUAGCGUUUUGGAUUUGCACCUCUCCAAGAUUUGGACUGCAACACACGAGAAAGAGACCUUUGUCAGUUUGUUCUACAAGCCCGCAUACCAACUCUUGGAGAACAAGGAUAAUGUCAGAAUCGUGGUCCUCAAGAAACUCACCUACCGUGUCCUUUGCCUUUGCAUCAAGCGCCAUAACCACGAAUUCGGUGCCAAAACGACUAUUUUGCAGAACCUUCAGUACUGGGAGCACACACCAGAGCCAAUGGCGGAACUACUGGAGAUGUUGAGCAGCGAGUACGACUUUCCACAAUUGGUGGACAGUAUCUUGAGAGACGUCGCCUCAAAAGAGUUCGACGAGUCUAUCAAGGAUCCCACUGCUCCUCGAGCCUACUCGAAGUUCCUGGUGAAGCUUUCCGAAAUUGCCCCCAAGUUGGUCUUGAAACAGAUGGGUCUUUUGAUCCAACACUUGGAUGGAGAGAACUACUUGAUGCGCCAAGCGAUUGUGGAGAUCAUUGGAAACCUCAUUGCCUACCUGUCAGAGCUCGAGCAGACGGAGCAGGUCAAGAACCAGAUCGACGGAUUCUUUGACGUUCUGGAGGAGCGCAUCAUGGACAACAACUCAUACGUGCGCAACAAGCUACUCCUGAUCAUCGCUUCUCUGUGCGACUUGCGCUCAAAGUUCCCCAAGCGCCGCCAACGUUUGACAGAGCUGGUUAUUGGACGACUUUCGGACAAGAGUUUCUUUGCCCGCAAGCAGGCAAUCAAGACCCUGGUCCGCUUGAUUGAGAAACAUCCUUAUUCCAUGCAUGGAGGGGAGCUGGACUUGGAAGGGUGGGAAAUCCGUUACACAGAGGUCACUGACGAUUUGAAGGCUAUGGUGACGCAGCCUGCCAGGAGACGAGCUGCUUUGCGAGCAUCCGCUGGUGGGGAAGGCGACAUGGAAGUUGACAAGGCUGAAUCAGAGGCAGGGCCAGAGGAUGAUGCUGAGGAUAUUGCGGUUCCAACUGACGAGGAGUUGUUGGAACUCCAGGCAUCCAAGGAGUACAUUACCAAGACACUCCAGCAGCGUUACUAUGCCGAUGCCAUUCGCUUCAUUCAUCUGAUCCACCGUGGAGUACCAGUGAUGUGCGAGCUGUUGGCCUCGACCAUGAAGCAGGAAGUGAUCGAAGCCAUGGAGUUUUUCGUGGCCAUUCAUCGAUACAAAGUGCGAUCCGCAUCUGAGGGAAUUCGCAAGAUGGUGCAUCUUGUCUGGAUGAAGGACAAUAACGACGAGGCUAAAGGUGUCCGCACCCGUCUGGUUGAGUGUUACUGGCAGAUUUACCUCGCACCCGAUGAGUCGUUGACAGCGAAGGAGAACACUGCCGUCAUUGCCAGGAACCUUGUCAGUUUGACGUAUGACAGCACAUUGGCGGAGUUGACCUCGCUGGAGCAGCUUCUCACUGUUAUUGUCGCGGAUUCGAUCGCCAAUAGCAACAACAACAGUGAGGAUCAUAUUUCCAUCUCGGACGAAGUUGUCGAGAAACUCUGGCAGGUCUACAGCCAUCACAAGGAUAUCCCCAACCAGCAGCGACGCGGAGCCAUCAUCAUUUUGGGUAUGCUUGCCAAGGCCAAGCCCGACAUUGUGGCCAACAAGAUUGAAACUAUUCUUAGGAUCGGAUUAGGCAAGCACGGAAGAGCCGACCUCGCCUUGGCCCGCUACUCUUGUAUCGCUUUGCAGCGCAUUGCUGGCGAGAAGAAGAAGCAGAAGGGCGUGAUAGCACAGGAUACCGUCCGUCUGCCAAUGGACCACGCCAUUUUCCUCCGACUUCGCAACCUGAUUGACACUCCUACCACCUCCAAGCACUGGUUUUCCGUUGCAGAGCAGGUGAUAAAUUCCAUCUACUUGUUGGGCGAACAUCCAGACUCUUUGUGUGGAGACAUCAUCAAGACACGGUGCAAAUAUAUCUUCAACCUUCAAGAGUCCAGUAGUUCCCCGGAUACCAUGUCGAUUGAUGUUCCAUCUACUCCUCUUCCUGACGACUCGACGAUAAACCCAGAGAAUGCAUUCAAGGUUGACUCGUGGCAACUCAGUCAGCUCCUCUUCAUUGUUGGCCAUAUUGCCAUGAAGCAUAUUGUCCACAUGGAGGUUAUCGAGGAGGAGUUCAAGCGACGGAAGGCGGGAGUAGGAAGUGACGGAAAGAAGGACAAGGACGCCGCCGAAGAUGAGCUGGAUCAGGUCGUUGGAACCACCGAGGACGAGUUUGGCGAUGCUAUGGCACACAUUCGUGAGAGGGAGCUGCUCUUUGGCGAGGACAGUUUGCUUCAAGUCUUUGGCCCGCUGAUCAUCACUAUUUGCGGUAACAACACCCUCUACUCCGACAAGACCCUGCAGAGCUCAGCUACGUUGGCGCUGUGCAAGUUGAUGUGCAUUUCGGCAGAGUUCUGUGAGCACAACCUCCAACUCCUCUUCACCAUCUUGGAGAAAUCCACGCAGCCUGCCAUUCGCUCCAAUAUCAUCAUCGCUCUCGGAGACAUGGCCGUCUGCUUCAACAACCUCAUCGACGCCAACAUCAACUACCUCUAUAAGCGCCUCUCGGACUCGGACAAGGCCGUCAAGAAGAACACGUUGAUGGUGCUGACUCACUUGAUUCUUAACGGAAUGGUCAAGGUCAAGGGCCAAUUGGGAGAGAUGGCGAUCUGCCUGACAGACGAGGACAAUCGUAUCAGUGACUUAGCGCGCCUGUUCUUUACAGAGUUGACCAGCAAGGACAACGCGGUGUACAACAACAUGCCGGAUAUCAUCAGUCAUAUGUCGAACACCCAGAUUGCUGAGGACUCCUACCGGAAGAUUAUGAAGUUCUUGUUUGAGCUAAUCAAGGAGAAGAACAUGGACUCGAUGAUCGAGAAGCUGUGCCAGCGAUUCAAGAACACGGACCAGCCUCGUGGAUGGCGCGAUAUCGCGUUCUGUCUGUCGAUGUUGCCCUUUAAGACCGAGAAGAGUUUCAAGAGGCUCCUGGAAGGAUUCCCUCAUUACCAGGACAAGGUCUACGAGGAGCAGGUCUUCAAGUGUCUCACCGACAUUGUCACUAAGGGACGUCAAAUCAAACCACCCAAGCCUGAGCUCAAGCCUAUCAUUGACGAGUUUGAGAGCAAGCUGCAGGAGUACAAGGCUAAGGGAGACGAGGUGCAGGACACUGAGUUCAAGGCGAUUAAUGCCGUCAAGAAGGGCUCACGUAAGGGAGGCCGCAGGGCUCUUAGCACUCUUGUUGGAUUGAAGAUCAGGAAUGCCUCCGUGGCGACAGCGGAAGUUGCCGAGGAGAAGCGGGUGACACGCAGAUCUAGACGAGGAGCUGAUCAGGACGAGGACGGCGAUGACAUUAAGGAGGAAGAGGAGAAUGAACCCCGCCGUCCCAAGACAAGGAACGCAAAGGACGGUGACCAGGACGACGAAGUUGACGAUGAGGAAGACGCUGAGAUGGAGGAGGGUAUGGAGAAACUGACUGUACGGAAUGCUCAAACCAACUCUCGACGCGACCAAGGUCGAAGUGGAAGAGUAGGAGCCAAGGAUCGCGUUGACGAGGAUGGUGACACGGUCAUGGAUGAGACCCGCAAAGCGUUCCAUCUAGGGGGAGAUGAAGAGGAAAAGGAGGAGGAAGAGGAAGAACUCCAGCCACCAGUCCGUAGACGCGGAAGGGGUGCCAACCGGGAAUCGUCCGCUGAGCCUGCCCCUGCUCGCAAGGCGACCAAACCGCCUGCAAAGGCCGCCAAGGCCAAGGCACCAGCUCCCAAGGCAUCUGGUGGUCGUAAGAGCAAGAUGUCGUCACAAAAGAAGGGCAAGUCGAGAAAGACGUGGUCUGACGAGGACGAGAGUGGGGAGGACGAGGAGGUCUUUCACACGGGCGAUGAAGAUGAAGAUGAAGAUGAUGAUGAGGAAGAGAGCGAGGAAGAGGUGUCGACACGGAAACGCAAACCUGCGACCAAGUCAGCGGCCAAGGCGACAAAGAAGACAGCUGUGCGAGAUGCGAGCGAGGAACCAGAGGCGACGCCUCCACCUCCACCUGCUGGGCGAGCCAGACGGGCAGCCGCGACCAGAGCACGUCGCAUUAUCGAGUCCGACUCCGAGGAAGAGGAAGAGGAGGAGGACUCUGAAUAG